GCAUUCUGAGCUAAAGCUCCUUUUAUCUUUUUCCGUUUCAUGUUUGUCGUAAUUCAAACUCAAGCAUCCGCCAUUCUGAGUAUCAGCUGAUCUCCGACCGGUUUGUAACUGUCCGUUUGGAAUGCAUGCGCAUUCACACUCUGCCGGUGAAUGCGUCAGUGCCUAUGUUGCGUGUAUAGCGUUAGUUUUGUUCUAUGAUGACUUUCACUAUCAAUGUCAAUUGCAAAUAACGUUUCGAUAGUUUAAAGUUGACGAUAUAAAAUAUUAUCAACCAUUUCUGCACGUUUUCAUGAAGGCCCAAGUAGAAUCUUAGAGAAAGGGAAGUAGGAAGAAAAAAGGUAGAGUAGUGUAUUCCAAGAGAAAUAAAUAUCUCCAUACCACAAGACAAGACAAACAAUCAAAACUGUCCAAUAUGGAGCAAUGGAUUAUUAUUUGUCUGCUAAUAGCAUGUGCAAAUAUAGCACAUCAGGUGUCAACUCCAAAUUCAGAAACUUAUACAGCAGCUGUGGUAGAAUUUCCUCCUGUACAUGAAAUUGAUGCUGAAUCCACUCUAAAAGCAAAUACCGAUUCAUAUAUCAGGAACAUUAAGAUAGCUAAUGCAAGUGACGUUGAUAUAAUAGUUUUCCCUGAAGAUGGCUUAACAACAAUUUCCUUACCAGGAAGAGAAAAAAUGGAUGAUUGGUCAACUAUUAUUCCAGCUGCUUUCAAAAACUACAUACCUUGCGAUGAGAAUACUAUUAAAGUCAGCGAAACACUGAGAAGAAUAUCAUGCGCUGCAAAAGAGAAUCGAAUCUAUGUGGUAAUCAAUAUUGCUGAGAAACUACCUUGCGAUAACAGCACUUGUACAAAAUAUGACGAAGCUUAUUACAACACCAAUGUUGUAUUUGAUCGCAAUGGAAAGAUCAUUGCCAGGUAUCGUAAAACGAAUCUUUUCGUGGAACCACAAUUUAAUAUAACAAGAAUACCGGAAAUAGUAACUUUUGAUACCGAUUUCGGGGUGACGUUUGGAACAUUCAUAUGUUUCGACAUAUUAUUUAAGAUACCGGCAUUACUGUUGACAAGAAUUCAUCAAAUUACCGAUAUUGUGUAUCCUACAGCAUGGUUUUCCGAAAUGCCGUUCCUAACAGCUGUACAAACGCAAGCUGGAUGGUCAUUUGCCGAAGACGUAAAUUUGUUGGUCGCUGGCUACAAUAAUCCUCCCCGUGGGAGCACAGGCAGCGGAAUUUAUCUAGGUCGCAAAGGAAUAGGUAAGGCAAUAAUGUCUCCCACUUUGCACGAGGAAGUAUUGAUAUACAAAGUACCCAAAAUGAAGAAGAAGACCGAAUCGAAUCAGCAAGCAAGUCAUUCAACGGAUGGUCAAGGGAAUUUUUUUCAUGGAAAGAAACAUGUGCACGAUGAGCUUCGAAAGAAGCGAGAAGACAACACAGUGGCUAGUGAUAGACUAAAACUUUUGCGCGAUAAAAUUGAUUCCUUUGAUACGUUGCCAUUGGAAGGAAAUUCCACAAGGACCAUUUGCCAGAAUGAUUUCUGUUGCGACUUUACUGUAGAAAUGUUGAAAAUUGAUCCAACAACGAAAUAUCGUUUAGCGGUCUUUAAUGGCGUUCGCAGUUUCUAUGCUAUUAACGGAAGCGUAAGCGCCUGCGGCAUAAUGCAAUGCUCGAACCAGUCAAUUGAGUCAUGUGGAUCUACAGAAGAGUCGGAAACGGUAUUUGGCAACAUUGAUAUCUCCACAACGUUCCACAAUUAUAAGAAUGUUUUAAUUAUGCCGUCUAUAUUAGACUCGCAAUUAUAUCCAUUUAAAGUGACAGAUUGGUCAUACGGUGAACACACUCACGAGGAUCACGUACAUGUCAGUAUAUCUUUGAUCAACAAGAAAAAUAAUCUAUUAACAUUUGGACUAUACUCGAGGAACUUCGUUAAUGGUGCAAGCGUACCAUCUUUCAAUAUUGUUACUUAUUUCGCAGCAUUAUUACUGGCUUUGUUUUUACCUAAUUUUAUAAGAUAUGUAUAUUAAAAAAACAUAUACAGUAUGUGUGUGUGUGUAUGCGUGUAAUUAUAUAUAUAAUAAU